AUACGCUGAUUUUUACGUGACUCGGGCGUAUGGUUUUCAGUGGGUCGUCCAGUGUUUGUGGGUUUCGUGCGUGUCACGGGGUGGUAUGAUUUGGGUGUUGUGUCGAAUGUAGUGCAAUGUAAUCAGAGCUGAACGAAAACGCAUUCCGUAGUGUUUGAUACGCGAAUCACGGUCACUUAAUAGUACUGCACCCCACAAUACUAUCCUUUAUCGAAGGGGACAGUGGGUGCACUAGCAGCAUCCCUUGGAUUAGAUACAGUGAUAGUGUAUUGGCCAACUAGGCCACAAAGUGACGAUUGCCGUAGGAAAGCAAUUUGCCCUUGGCCGAUAUGUUUAAAAAGCUGAAAGAAAAAAUCACCGAAGAGGUAAAACAGUCGCCUCAAAGGUUCGAGCAAAUCUCCAAGGGACUGCAGGCCGCUGUUAGUUCGGCAUCUUCAACUACCUCCGAAGUCUCAGGAAGUGAGAACUUUUUCAGCAUCACUGAAGAUGAUACACCUCAAAAUUCACCACAGCGGGCAAACUCUAGCACCAUCAAUACUCCCGCGUCCCAUCAGCAGACUGAAAACAAUGUGGCCAAUACCUCCGGUAACAGUUCCGUGCUAUCGAACGUGAGCCUCAACAAUGGCAUUUCCCCAAACACUACGGUUUCUUCGGCGGUCGGGUCUUCCGGUGGCGGUUCGACGUAUCAAUCGCGUGCCCGCCGCCUGUCGAACUCUUCGAUGGCGAGCGACGUUUCGUUCCGGCUGCCGGCGUACGACUCACCGGCGAUAUAUCACCUCGAAACGGACGUGGACGUAUCGGCGAGUGAAACAGAAUCCGUCGCCGGGUCGGUCGCCACCAACGGACCGAAUCAGCUCGAUCUGGUCAGCAAGGACAAGCUGUUCCAGGCGUACAAGAAAGCACUCGAUCGGUAUCAAAAGUACCGGGAACGGUACACCGAGCUGGCCCGGCGCUACCGCGAGCUGGAGAAGGACAACACGAAGGCCCGCGCGGUGCUGGUGGAAACGCAAGAUAAGGCGCUUCGGAGGAUGAGUGAAUUGCGCGAGCAAUGCGUGCUCGAGCAGCAAGCCAAGGCACAUCUCGAUUCGGCCCUGCGGAUGGAAAUCGACGAGCUGCAGUGCGUGGUCAAAACGCUCCGCUCGAAGUUGGAGUUGGUGGGCGAGAAUGGCAACUUGAGUGGAGGCGAAAAGGAUCUAAUCUCGCUCACCGGGGAGGAUGGAGGAACGAAUGGCAACAGGGGGUCACCGGUGCGUGAUACGGGGCCACUCGAGGAACGAAUAAAAGCCCUCGAAUCGAAGCUGAACGAAGAGCUACGCCAGAAGGCCGUUCUUAGCCUCGAGGUGAGCGAGCUGAAGAAGCGCGAGGAAGAGCACACGAUCACGAUCGCGGAGAACAAAAUGGCCAUCCAUUCGGAGCUGGAGGCGAAGGAGGCUGAGGUGCGCAAGCUGAAGGAACAGCUCGGCAGCUUGGAGAAGAACAUGAAGCAGACGCUGCUCGAGAAGGACGGCCUAGGGAAGGAGCUGUCAGAGGUGCGCAAGGUUGCCGCCAAAACGAAGGAGCUCGAGAGCACACUGAACACGUGCAACGAGCAAAAGAACAAGCUCGAAUCGAAGUUUAUCGACUUCGAGCGGACGAUUAUGGAGCUGGAAAAGGAACGGCAGCAGCUGAAGGCGACUAAUCUGACGCUCGACUACGAGAAGAACGAGCUGAACAAGAAAGCAACCGAAGUGGAGGGAAAACUCGCCGCAAUGGUGCAAGAUAAGGACAGGCUUGCCGGGCAGGUGAAGGAACUGGAGCAGGCGGCAAAAUCCUUGGACAGAUCAGCCGAGAUGGAGAGUUUGAAAAAGGAACUCGAGCAAUCCACCCAACGUGCAGAUACAACCGUCGAAAAGCUCGUAACGGUCGAAAAACUAUUGAAGGAAAAAGAACAACAUUUGUCCACGAUUGAAUCGGCCCAAAAGGCGGUGGAAGAAAAGGUCCAACAAACGGAGCAGCGUUUGGCGGAUCGUGAUAAAGAAAUCGAACGAUUACAGCAACAGCAACUCGAAAAGGAUGACAAGGAGCUCGCAGAAAGCAGACAAAAGUUGCAGCAGGCGGAAGAAGAAUUGGCCACUAGUCGUAAGUCUCAUUCGUUCGACCAGGAGAAGCUCGCGGAGAGCAGGAAAAAAUUGCAGCAAGCCGAAGAAGAAUUGGCCGCGAGCCGUAAAUCUCAAGCGCUCGACCAAGAGAAACUCGUCGAGCUUACGAAGGCCCUCGAUGCGGCCAAAGAAUUGCACGAUCGCGAUCGGAAGAGCAACGAGGCGAGCGUGAAGGAAGUGUUUGAUCGCAAUGGCGAACUCUCCAAGCAGGUGGACCAGUUCAAGGAGAAGCUCGAGAAGGUGAAUGGAAAGUUCAAGAAGCUUUCGGAGGAAAAGGCCAACCUACGCGCGGCCAACGAUGAGCUGACGCAGGAGUUGAAACAAUCCAAAGCGGACCUGAAACAGCUGACCGCGCAAAAGCAAACACUUUCCGAGGAGGUACGAAAUUUGAAAAUAAUUAAUGAAAAUUCCGAAUCCGAGGCACUCCGGUCGCUGCAGGAAUCGAUGCGUGCCUCGAUGGCGGCCGCCGAAGAGAAACUGCUCGAAACGACACGCGAUCUGAACCACGUGCUCGAGCUGAAAUCGGAGGAAAACCGGCGGCUGAGCGAAGAGCGGGAAGAGCUGGCCGAAAAGCUCGAGGUGGCCCACCGCGAGAAGACGGAUCUCGAGACGGAGGGUGUAAACUUGCGCACCAAAAUAGACACCAUCCGGGGGGAAAAGAAGGACCUGGAGAAAACGCUCGAACGGGAGAUCCGCGAGAAGACGGAACUGAAGGCCCAGGUUACGAACAUCCUGCAAGAGAUCGGUCGACUGGAGGAGCAACUGAAGGACGUAAAGGAUGCACAUUCCAAGAUACUGGAGGAGAAGCAAACGCUUGAGGAGAAGAUCGAGCGAUUGCAGCGUGAACACUGUGAGGCGCGAGUGAAGCUUGAAAAGGACACCCUCGGCAAGCUGCAGGGUAAGGUGCGGGAGCAGGAAACGAAACUGCAGGAGGUGGAGUGCGAAAAUUCCCAGCUGGCGGAGAAAAACUGUCUCCUGGAGGAAAGCAGCCGAAGGACCGCGGAAGAGCUGAGGAAGUUAAACGUGGCGCUCAAGGAAGCGGACAAUCGGCUGCAGGAACAGGAGGACCAGCUACGGAAGGAAAUCGAACGGUGCGAGCGGCUCGAGGCGCAGGUAAAGACGGUGACCGACCAGCUCAGCCAGUGUACCGGGGAUCACGCGAAGCUGUUCAACGAGAAGGAACUGCUCGACCACCAGCAUCGCUCGCUGCAGGACGCGAUGGAGGCAAAGGAGAAGGAAAAGCUGUGCGUUCUCGAUACAAACAAAUGCCUCGAGGAGGACCUUGCGAAGCUGCGCACCGAGAGUGAGUACCUCAAGGGGAAGCACAACGAGCUGAAGGCGCUGCUGGAAAGUGACAAGCGAAGACUGAUGGAUCAAAACGAUGCGCUCCAGCGGCAGAUGGAGGAGCUGGCGAAGGAGAAGCAAUCGCUCGGCCGGAAUGCGACGGACUUGGAGAAACGGCUGGCCAGCUACGAGGAGGUGAAGAUAGAAAAUGAAUACCUAAACACCCUCACCAAGCAGCUGCAGGGGGAGUUGCAGGAGACGAAGGGUAAGCUGGCGGCCAAGGACACCGAGCUGGGAACGGUACGCACCAAGCAGAGCCAAACGGAAGCGAUGCUGGAGGAACGCGACCAGGAGAUUACGAAGCUGAUCAACGAAUUUGUGGCCAAGGAGAAAAAGCAGGAAGCGGAGCAGCGGCAAAAGGUGGAGGAGUUGGCGGACCGGCACCGGACUGAGCUUGAAAGCUUAAGCGAAACCGUACGGCAAGAAUGUGAACGAAAGUUCGCGGGGGAAAAACAAUCGCUGGAAACAACCGCCCGGGAAACGUGGGAAUCGCAGCUGAAGGAAGCAAACGCCGGAAAGACACAAUUGCAGGAGGAAGUAAACAAACUGCGUUCGGAGAUUGAGGAGCGUUCCAAGGAACUCGAUCGACUGAGGAGUGAGCUGUCAACGGUGGCUGAACUAAAACUUGAAAAUGAAAACUACGUGCGUGAUUUGGACGAACUGAAGAGUGAGUUGAAUGGAGCGAUUGCGGACAAACUGCGCCAGGUGGAGGACGCCGAGCGACAGCAGAAGUCCCUCCGGGAGGAGCUUCGAGCCGAGGUCGAGAAGGUUGAGCAGGAAAAGACGCGUCUAGAAACGGAAAACGGUGAAUUGCGAUCCCGGUUGGAAGCAAUCAAAGCCGAAACGGAAGAAGCCGUACGACGGUUUGAGUCGGAAAUUGAACAACUCAAACGGGAACCACCGGUCGUGAAGGAGGUCAAGGCGCUGCAGGAAACGGAUGGCGGGCAGCGUGUUGGGUCCAGCGAGCAGCAAUCGUACGACGAACUGCGGAAUAAGAAGGAAGAGCUAGAGAACAAGCUGAAGAAGAUCAUGCACGAGGUGCAGGAUGUUUCGAACCGGAAUCUGUUUCUGGAGCAGAAGUGCGAGAACUAUCUCAUACUGGAGCAAUCGAACGAGCGGUUAAAGCUGGCCAACGAUAAACUGUCCCGGCAGUUGGAUGAAACUUUGGUAUCCAUGCAUCACAAUGAAGGAAUUGCCGCCAACACCGAGUUCGAGUACUUAAGAAACAUUCUAUUUCAGUAUCUCAGUGGUAGUGUAACCGGUAACAACAGUACGCUCGUCAAGGUUAUAGCGGCCGUAUUAAAGUUUUCCCCACAGCAGACGCAGGUGGUGAUCGAAAAGGAGGCACAUCGAAGAUCACUGAUGGGCCAGAUAAACAACUUACUAUAGCAGGAAAAGACGAUGGCGAUGCAAAAGCAGCAUCAGAAGGGAGGAGGAUAUGGCUUUCAAUUUUUCUAAUACGCUCCGUUGAAUGAGGACACAAUGGACACCGAAUUAUACUUUUCGACGGAGGACCGUUUAUAUAUCUACUUUGAUCGGUUGUAUCGUGAGCGGUUUUUCAAAAGCAUUUUAUUUUUGUUUCCGGAUAGGACUUUUGUCCUAUCAUUUAGUACUUCAUAGUUAUUUCAUAGACGGAUGUGAGGUCGUUUUUCCAUACACUAUAAUGUUUUCGUAGUAAAAACAUGGAAGACCAUUUUAAAAUUUAUGCAAAAGUUCCCAAACUAGACCAAUGUAGGUAAUUGCGAAGAACGGAAACGAGUGUUCAUGCCGUUUGAAAACAGGUUACUUUUUAAAGGAAAACUCUCGCAUUAGCCAACAUCUUUCUUAUUUUUAACCAACUAAAAAAUGUUUUAUAUACGAGGAAUUACUGUAAUUAAUUGAAUUGACCGAUCAAAAUAAUGUCCUUAAAAAUAGUAGACUGGAUUGCGCCACUACGUUACACGUGAGAUAACGAUUCGAGACAGUGUAUGCGAUAACUUUGAAUGGCAUCGAUAUGGCAAUGCCACAAUGCGGUAGAUUAAAUCUGGAUCAUGGCGUGAUUUUAAUCGAUAUAGUUUCUUCGAACCCAAGUUUGUUGUCAAUUUAAUAUCAAUGUUACUGUGCAUUUCAAUCAAUUUCAAGUCCAUUUCAUUCACCACAAACCAAUCUCCAUCCAUGCUGUUGCCUCGUAAUGAUGUCCGCUAAAAGCAAUUAUAUAUUAUUUUUAUCUGUUGCAAUUGUUCGGUUAGGCAGAGAAGUGCAUUAUGUUAAUUUGUGUUUAGUUUAUUUUAUUUUUUAAUUUUUGGUGUACAUUUUUGUGUCUCUAGUGCGUUCUUUAAUUGAUAGUAAAGAUAUACGAAAACUGUUGAUAACAUUGAAUAAUGAAUGAAGCAAUGCAGCUUUAGCUGAUAGAAACCGACAGCGGGCGGUAAUUAAACCAACCUUUACUCGAAGAGGGACGGACUUAGGUUAGAUUAAUUGAUUUGUUCAUUUCUACCACAGUUCAUAGACCAUUAAAGAAUUCCUAACUGAAUGUCUCCGUCUGUGCCUCGGGAGGGGAAAAGAAAUUGGGAACCUUAAGCCUAGUGCGCGCUGGGAAAACCAACCAACCAAACUGCAAAUGACCCCAUACUUUACGGUGCUGAUUGUUAUGAUGCUAAAUUUUACAUAACGGUAGAACUGAGUUUCGCUAUGUUCGCUACGAUCGUUGCAAAAUUCCCACGCUAGCUUGUUUAGCUGACGGUUCUUUUGCGUCCCGGAAUAGGAUUUUCAAUUUUCCUUUUAUACUCCGCAAGAUUUGUUUUCCUUGAGGCCGGAAGCAAUACCCUUGUGACCGAAUCAAGCGAUAUUGUAAAGCCACAUGACGUCCCGAUUGAACUUUGAUCCAUUUCCCACGCUCGCACGCAAUGAUCGCGAUCGCGAUCGAGAUGCUAUACUUACCUUUACCAUUUUUGCACAUCCCCGAUCAACAAUAUAAAAGUGAAACUAUUCAACGUUAAAGACUUGUAAUGGCACCAUUUUUCUCUGGGCAACAUUUUUCAUACACAUCCACACUACUCGGACACGGUUCAACACACUGUCAAUCAUGAAAUUUAACCUACUCGUAACGAUGUCUCCUACUCAUUAACCACGAAAGAUGAGCUUCUACCGCAUGGAUCCUUCGGUUGUUGAAAAUAAUUGUAAUUAAGGUAUCGCUAGGACAGUAGAAAAUAAUGAAGGAGUAUAUAUAUAAUAAACUCAUUACAACUAAUAGACAAU